CGAGUCCAAAUUAGAUUUUGUAGAACGCAAACCUCUAAAAAGGAAGAAGAAGGCGAACGGGGAAUCAGUAACGAAAAAAAUGGCAGUGGCUACGUCUCUGACAGUCACAACUCCAAAGAAGCUCUCUUCUCUCUCUUCCCCAACCCUUCACUCCCUCUUCUUCUCUAAAGCACUUUCCUUCUCUCCCUCAUCCUCCUCUUUCCUCUCUCUCCGCAAAACCCUACUCCUCUCUCCCUCUCACCACACCCGCACCCGCCGUCGCUCCUUCACCCUCUCCGCCUCCGCCAACCCCCAUAACUACGACUUCGACCUCUUCACCAUUGGCGCCGGAAGCGGCGGCGUCCGCGCCUCCCGCUUCGCUGCCAAUUACGGCGCCUCCGUCGCCAUCUGCGAGCUCCCCUUCUCCACCAUCUCCUCCGACGUCACCGGCGGCGUCGGCGGAACAUGUGUGUUGAGGGGAUGCGUGCCGAAGAAGCUGCUUGUGUACUCUUCAAAGUACUCUCACGAGUUUGAGGAAAGUAAUGGUUUUGGAUGGAAGUAUGAGAGUGAGCCAAAGCAUGAUUGGAGUACUCUGAUAGCUAAUAAGAAUGCUGAGUUGCAGCGACUCACUGGUAUCUACAAGAACAUUCUGAAAAAUUCCAAUGUCCAAUUGAUUGAAGGCCGUGGAAAGAUUGUAGAUCCUCAUACAGUUGAUGUUGAUGGGAAGCUAUAUACGGCCAGACACAUUCUAGUUUCGGUAGGGGGACGCCCAUUUAUUCCUGAUAUCCCUGGAAGUGAACACGCCAUAGAUUCUGAUGCUGCUCUUGACUUGCCUUCUAAACCUGAGAAAAUAGCUAUUGUUGGUGGUGGUUACAUUGCAUUGGAGUUUGCUGGCAUAUUCAAUGGUUUGAAGAGUGACGUUCACGUCUUUAUUCGACAAAAGAAAGUUUUGCGGGGAUUUGAUGAAGAGAUUAGAGAUUUUGUUGGGGAACAGAUGGCUUUAAGAGGUAUCGAGUUCCAUACCGAGGAGUCGCCCCAAGCUAUUGUGAAGUCAGCCGAUGGUUCAUUGUCUUUGAAGACCAACAAGGGUACUGUGGAAGGUUUCUCACACAUUAUGUUUGCAACUGGUCGCAAACCUAAUACUAAGAAUAUAGGACUGGAGUCUGUUGGUGUGAAAAUAGAUAAAAAGGGUGCAAUAGAGGUUAAUGAAUAUUCUCAAUCAUCAGUUCCUUCAAUAUGGGCAGUUGGCGAUGUUACAGAUAGGAUAAAUCUGACUCCAGUUGCUUUGAUGGAGGGAGUGGCAUUAGCAAAAACGCUGUUUCUGAAUGAGCCAACAAAACCUGAUUAUAGUUAUGUUCCUUCUGCUGUGUUUUCCCAACCACCAAUUGGACAAGUUGGUCUUACUGAGGAACAGGCUGUUGAACAAUAUGGUGAUGUUGACAUCUUCACGUCAAAUUUCAGGCCACUAAAGGCUACGCUGUCUGGUCUACCAGACCGGACUUUCAUGAAAUUGAUAGUGUGUGCAAAAACCAAUAAAGUUCUGGGUUUACACAUGUGUGGAGAAGAUUCUCCUGAAAUUACACAGGGGUUUGCAGUCGCCAUUAAAGCUGGCUUGACUAAGGGAGACUUUGAUGCUACUGUGGGGAUUCACCCAACUGCAGCUGAAGAAUUUGUUACCAUGAGGACUCCUACUAGGAAGAUUCGAAAGACUAAUCCUUCUGAGGGAAGGAGUGAGUCUGAAGUCAAAGCUGUAGCUGGAACUUAACAUCAAUACCCUGCUUCUAUUGUCAUUCUUAAAGGAAACCUGCUGGUGCUUUAAAGGUCAAGAUGAAUAUACUUUUUGAAAAGUACUUCUGCCAUAUGCCCAAAACGCUGUGCUUGUUCUUAUGCUGCAAGCAUAAUAGGGCAGAAGAACCAAGUUUUGUAGUUCUGUGGAGCUGUUAGAAAUCUUCAAUUUGUAUGUUUGCAACGUUUUAAUAAAUAUUACCACAUGAAAUUAUAAGGUGAUAUGUAAUUUCAAUAAGUUGUCUUGUGUAUAAUGUUGAACCAAGCAGAUUGUCAUUAUGUGAAAUUAAUUUUCAUAGUAAUCAAAAUAUAAAAAAGGAAAGGAAUUUCAGAUUGA